UCGGGAGUUUUGGCGCGAAAAAAAAUAAACAAUAAUUUCAGUGAAUUUAUAACUUUUUAAUUAAUUCUAAGUCAAAUCUAUGAAUUUCAUGUAGUUAAACAGACAAGACAGUUGUAUAAAUAAUUAAUAAUUAAGAAAAAGAAGCAGCCAUAAAAUGACGAUGUCAAAAAUAGUCAAAAUUAUCAUAAACAAGUUCGGUGAAUGUAACGGAGAAAUUAACUUGAAGGAUUGUACGUUAAUUAACUGUGUUUAUCUAAAUUCUAAAGAAAUUAAUAAAAUUACUAAUGUCCUGAAGUUUAUGUUUUCUAAUGAAGACACCAGCGAUUUGGAGGAACUACAGCUUGCAGACAUAAGUGAUGAUGCUGAAUGCCCAUUCGUCCAGGCACACAUUAGAACAGUCACAGAUGACAUUUGCAUCCUGAAAAAGUCGUACAACAAUGGAGUAUUCAUUUAUGAAGUAGAUGGAACUGAAUCGACACAUCAUGCUUUCCAAGUAAAACUACAGGAACACAAAUGUCUGUUCACAUUUACAACUUACCUUUCUCCAAAAACCAUUGAAUCUCUUAUGAAUCUUAAUGACACAUCACGUAUAAAUUUAAUAGAAAGCAUCUGCGGCAAUUCUGAACUGAAAAUGCGAUAUAAUCAGCACAAGACGAAAAUGGGGGAACUAGAAAUCUCAAUGAAGAUGCUAAAUGAGCACAAGAAGGAAUUUUUCUCAGAAAAGAAGCAAGAAAAGCUAAGAAUUGAAAAUUCCAAGAAAAUUAAGAAAGCAACAACUGAGUUUGAGAAGGCAUUCGAGCAGUUCUCACUAAUGAGACUUUACCACAAUGAGAAGAGAAUGAACGAAUCUAUUCCUGAAGAAAUGAAUGCAUUAAUUGUCAACUUGAAUGACGUUAUUGCUGAAUAUAAAAUUAAUUAUUUAAAAUUUAAAGAAAGUUUAAGGAAGAAAGUUGACAUUGAAAAGGAUGUCUGUGAAUCAGACAUAAAUCUUAACAAAUUAUUCUACAAUCUAAUUGCUUAUAAAAAGAAUCUUUUGACUUACAAUGAUGAGCUUGAAUCUAUUGACCUUCAAAAGAAUUUUGCAGAUCUUAUCGAUCAUGAAUGUGCUAAAUAUAAGACUCAAGUCGAAGAAUCGUCUGAAAAGCUUCAAUAUUUAGAUAAUGCUCACGUAAAUUAUAUUGACAGCAUAAAUGAAUAUUCAGAACUAAGGAACAAGUUCUUUGAAUCAAAUUAUGACUAUAUGCUGUAUAUAUCUACAAAAAGACAAAUUGAUCAGCUCCAAAUGAGCAAGGAUAAAGCUGAGAAGAAUAAAAUGAUUGUUAAAUGUCUGCUUAAUGAAAAUACAAUGUUUAAGGAACAACUGAAGGUUUUAGAGACAAAUGAAAAGGAAUUAGUUAAAGAACUCAAUAUUUCAAAUGGUUUGAUUAGUAAGCUAAAGCCUGAAUUAUUGGAAACUGAGAAAUUCAUAGAGAAAGCAAAAAAGACAAUUACUGAUAAAUUGAUACACAACAGCUAUGAUUUAAUUGACAUCAAAAGAAUUGAGCAGAGACUUCGUGACAAAUUUUCAGACUCAAUUAUUGGAAUUUUAUCAGAACUGUUUGAUGUCAAAGAGUUCAAUGGAAUGACUGUCACAAAAACACAGAUUCAAAGCUGCUUAGGCAAGUUCUCAAAUGCUAUUGUCGUUGAAAGCCCAACAAUUUUAAAGGAAGUCAGUAAAUAUUUAAGAAUGCAACAGAAUGAACAAAUUUCCAUAAUUUUAAUGCCUCAAAAAUAUUACAAACCAGUAAAUCCAAUUAAUUUAAGGAACAAGGCACUUCCAAAUAUCAAAAUGACUCCAAUUGAAAGUUUCUUUGAUCAAACUUCCGAUGAGAUUAAAACAAUUUUAAUGCAUAUUUUGGAACCGACAAUUGUUUGUGACUCAAAAACGCACGAUGCUGUCCAUAAAGUCUUUAAUCAUCUGGGAAAAAGUGUCAAAGUUGCUUCUUUCGUCGCUUCCGUUUCUUACAUUCCAGCAAAAUUAAUUAAUGCUCAUUCGACACUUAUUAAUGAUGUAAAUGUUGUGGAUCUAGCUAGAAAUGUCAAUGAAUAUAGAAUAAAAGCUAUUGACUUAAAAUCUGAUCUUCAGGUUGAGAAUCACAAGUUCUUAUUAUCUGUAGGACGUUUAAGCAGCAUAAAGUUAAUGAUAAAAUUUAUGAAGGAAGUAAUGGCACGCAACACAAACUGUAUUAAUGUUUUGAAUAAGAAAACUGAGAAACUUGAAGAACUUAUCAAAAUGCUUGACGACGAUAAUCAUGCUAAAGUUGUGAAAAGAUUCGUCGAACUUCGUGCUAAAUUCAAACCUUUGUUGGAUAAUCAUUAUCGUCAGUUUCGUAACAAGCAUAAAAUACCGAAUAUUGAGGAAUAUGAAGCAUUAGCACCAAAACUCUUUCAUUUUGCCAGUAGUCGUAAAGCUUUGCAAUACGAAAUUACAAUUUUAAAUAAUCAGAUUGAAACUCUCUCAAAAAUGCAGUCAGAUAAGGAUUUUUAUGUCAAUGAGAAGGCACAACUUGUAAUGACUGUCGAAAAUACUAAAUUGGAAAUAGAAAGAGCAAGAAUACAGCUGGACGAAGCAAAAACUUUAUGCCAAGGAAAAUACACAAAAUGGAUGGAGAAAAUUAUCAAAAUUGUAACUGAAAAAGAAAAGAGCACUAAAAUUAACGAUAAUUUGAAGGCUAUGCUGCUGAAAAUCUGCAGUGAUAUGAAUGAGAAACGGAUGUUGCUGAGUGAAAAUUAUAAGCUGUUGAAUCAUGUUUUUGCAAAUUUUGAAAGGAUAUCGAUACAAGAUGGAACCUUACUGUCACAACUAAUUUUUAACAAUGACACCAAUGAAAGCUUUGAUUUAAUUACAUAUCAUCUUCAGCAAAUCCAACCAAAUUAUGACGUCUUAAAUGAUGAUUUGAAAGACAUUAAUAAUUUUAAGAAAGCCUCUUUUGAUCUGCAAAUGACAAUGAGCACCUUAAAGAAAGCCUUGAAUGAUUUCCCUCUAGAUUUUGGAGGAAAUGAAAAUGAGCUGGCGUCAAUUACCGUGAAAAUGAACAACUUGUCAAUUGAAAUUAAAAACACAAAUAAUGAGUGUCAAAAAGUUUUAGGGACUUUAAGGACUGUCACAGAAGAUCGAAACAAGCGAUUCACGGAAUGCCUGAAUAUCAUAAACGAUGAGAUUAAAAAGUUUUGCAGAAUCACAACCAAUGACAGACUUUAUGGAGAAUUAAUGCCUGUAAAUGAAAGUGAGCCUUUCCUGGAUCUUCAAUAUUGCUGGCAAUCUGGAAGCGGAACUGAAUUUGUUGAUGGCUCAAAGCCAAAUUGGGAAGCAGCAUUAGCUUUUUGGCUAGGCGUUGCUAGAUACAAGAAGCAACAUUUUGUGCCAUAUUUUGAGACGUCUUGCGAACUACCGAUUCUUAAAGCUAUACAAAAAUACUCGAAUAGCACAGAAACUGAUUUACAAGCUAUGAUCUUUUGGAAGACGAAAAUCGAUGCAGACAUGUGCCAUUAUACAAUCAUGAGAUUCAAAGAUAAAAUUAAAAUCAACGAUAAUGAAGAAGAAAAACGUAAACUUGAUAUUCUUUUAAAUUCUUAGUUUUAGAUUGUAGAAAGUACAAGUUUUAGGAUAUUAAUAAAAGCAAAGUUUUAAUCUUUAACGAAUUUUUUGAAAUUCAAAAUUUAACAGGUUUCAAAAAUUCAAAUUUAAAUUUUUGAACACUUAAUUCAAAUCUCAGGAAACCGUUGAAAGUUCAAACAUUUAUUUUUAUAAGCUUAAUAAUCAUAAUCCUUUAUUCAAUGCAUAAUAUAAGGCACAGAAAUGAAAUAUUUUUGAUGUUAACCUUUGUCGGUUUUAAAUCAAUCGCUUAUAUGAGGGUGUUUAAAGUAGUUGCUUGAAGUGAAAAUGUAAUUUAUAAUGAGAUAAGCUUAAGUUUAACUGAAAUGAUUGCAAAUAAAAGACAAUAAACAUUAAAUGACAACAGAC